GGGCUGAGAGAGGGACCGGCCCCACGUGUGAGAGUUCAGGUUGUAUUAAAAACCCCACAAACACCCAGCCAGAGGGGCCAUGGAGUAAAGGAACAAGGGUGCAUUCUUCUUCUUAAAAGCGCUCGUCCAAACGCUUGCUAGACUGAUGUGCCAAGGGCUUGUUUUCUUAACCAGCUGUCAUUGCUGUGGGGCUACCCUCCCGCAUGCCAGCGCUGACACCAUGUCUGAACGGGAGGAACGGCGCUUUGUGGAGAUUCCACGGGAGUCGGUGCGGCUGAUGGCCGAAAGCACGGGCGUGGAGCUGACCGACGAAGUCGCUGCUCUGCUGGCGGAAGACGUCUGCUACCGUCUGCGAGAAGCAACCCAGAACAGUUCCCAGUUCAUGAAACACACCAAACGGCGGAAGCUGACGGUGGAAGACUUCAACCGGGCACUGCGCUGGAGCAACGUGGAAGUGGUGUGUGGCCAUGGCUCUCCGGACGCUCUCCCCUUCCGGGCCAUUAAGGAAGGAGAGCUAUACUUCCAAGAAGAUCGUGAAGUCAACCUGGUGGAACUCGCUCUGGCAACUGACAUCCCCAAGGGCUGCACGGAGACGGCGGUGAGAGUUCACGUCUCUUACUUGGACGGGAAAGGCAACCUUGAGGCCCAAGGGUCCGUGCCCAGUGCCGUCUCGGUGCUGACAGAUGACCUGUUGAAGUAUUACCAGCAUGUGACUCGAGCUGUGCUGGGGGAUGACCCUCAGCUGAUGAAGGUUGCCCUCCAGGACUUACAGACCAAUUCGAAGAUUGCGGCACUCCUGCCUUACUUUGUCUACAUCGUGAGUGGGGUCAAAUCGGUGAGCCACGACCUGGAGCAGCUGAACCGCUUGUUGCACGUGGCUAAGAGCCUCAUCCAGAACCCCUACUUGUGCCUGGGGUCCUACGUCAAAAGCCUCAUUGCCAGCGUCAUGUACUGUGUCCUUGAACCCCUGGCAGCCUCCAUCAACCCUCUAAACGAUCACUGGACCCUGCGCGACUACGCGGCCCUGCUCUUGGGCCAGAUCUUCUGGACCCAUGGUGACCUGAUGAGCGGCCUGUACCAUCAGAUCCUGCUCACGCUACAGAAGGUGUUGGCUGACCCCGUCCGCCCCCUCUGCUCACACUAUGGGGCCGUGGUGGGGCUGCACGCCUUGGGAUGGGAGGCAGUGCAGCGGGUCCUGUAUCCCCACCUCUCGACCUAUUGGUCCAACCUGCAGGCGGUGCUGGACGAUUACUCGGUGUCCAAUGCACAGGUGAAGGCGGAUGGACACAAGGUGUACGGGGCCAUUCUGGUGGCAGUAGAGCGCCUCCUGAAGAUGAAAGCCCAGUCCAUUUCGGUGCCAGUCCAGGCAGAGGGUGCUGCUGGCCCUGAGGGGCGCCCGCGGGACAGCGUCCCUUGGCUCAGCCCCCUCCAAGACCCUCAGGUGGAGUUCGGCUUCGGCAUCGCCAGCCACCUGCUGCAGCUGGGCAGCGGGGGCCCCCAGGCGGGCGUCGGCAUCCCUGCCAGCCCCCCAGCUGUCUCGCUGAAUGAGAUUUACCAGGAGCUCUACUGCUGCUUUGGGGACAGCCUGGCCGCCCGCUUCGGCACUGGUUCGGGGCUGUGCCCAGCAGGGCCGAUGCCAGCCAGCCCUCCCAAGACGACAGAUGCCAAGAAGAAGCAGCCGGCCUUUGGGACCGGGGACGCCGUGCGCAAGAUGCCCCAGCUGACCGCCAACGCCACCGUCAGCCCCCGGGAAGAAGAGAGCCCCCGCGGGGACUUUUCGGGCAGCCGGCCCGCCUUGCACCGUUCCGCCAGCCUGGCCCGCUCCCGCAGCGCCUUGCGCCAGCAGAGCCACCGGCCCGUCGCCCGCGACGUCUUCCAGAAGUGCCGCUUUUCCCUCCAGGGGGCACCGCACUUCAGUUUCGUGAUUGCGGGACGGCAGGUGGAGCGCCGGUGCCAAGGGCGCCUCUUCCAGACCUGUUUCCUGCAGCACCAUGGCCCCACGCACGUCUCGCGCUACGCCCAGAAGCUGCCCAUGAUUGGCAGGACCAGCAAGCCUGUGAAGAAGUGGGCCCACUCCGAGUAUUCCCUCUACCUGCCCCUCUGAGGGACGGGCCUUUCCGCAGCAAGCGUGUCCAACCGCUUGGGGCUGUCUGGCACCCCACAUCAGACUCCACACCCACCCCGUGGCCACUUCUGUCCAAGGAGCUGCAGCACACCCUCCUUUGGAAGGGCCCCUGGUGGUCUGUUCAGUGGAAAUCGGGGGCCACCCAUUUGGGAUAACCAAAACUCUUUAAAAACUUGGAGGGAGGGCGUAAUAGAUCCUAGCAAGCUGUUUUGAAUUCCCUGGGCAAGUUCUUUUCUGGAGUCUUCUCAGUUUAGUAACUGAAUCGAGCCCCGCCAGUUCCCGUUUGGAACAGGAGAGGCGGAUCUCGUGGGAACAAUGAGGUCGGAACAGGAGCCCAACCUGCAGAGGGUGAGCGAGACUUUUGCUGGAGGCUUGGAGAAGGGGGAGGCUUCGCUUUGGAUUGCUGUGGGGCAGAAAGAAGAAGGGAAAGCAGGAGAGCUGGCUUCGUGUUUUCUUCAGGGACAGGAAAUGGGGGGGUGUCGCUGCUGGGAACCUGUCGCCAAGCACAAUUGACUUUCGGAGCACUUUGAAGCAGCGUUUCUCGACCUUGACUGCUUUAAGAUGUGUGGACUUCGGCUCCCAGAAUUCCCCAGCCAGCCUUGGGGAAAUAAUGGCUCUGAAGGGUUUUUGCAGGGAGGGGGGAGGAGGAGUGGGGGGGGAGGCAAAUCCUUGGUACUUUUGGAAAAUGCAGUAAAUAAAUUGUGGGGAUCGUUU